CCGAGCGGUUGGUUUUGGAAUUCUUCCGGUUCUUUCCUUUUCGGUCUUCUGUGUCUGAGAGUGGCUCCAGAGAGUAAAUUUUGAAAACGGCUGAAGACUUACUUUCCGGGUGUCGAGAAAUUUCGUGGGUUCUGUGAAGGUGUUGACCAGCUGUGUGGAAUAAUGUGAUUUCCCUUGGGCGGUCGAAAGUUAGUCGUUGAAGAUCGAAAAUCGUCGAUAGGGAACAAGUGUUGAUCAAAAUGUGGGUUGAGGCUUCCGGGAAAAAGGGUUGAAGGGUCUAUUUAGUUUGUGAAUGGGUAGUAAAUUGUCAUCGCAAGCUGGGACGAGAAUGCACUUGUCCAGAUAGAUUAAAAACAAACAAGAAUAAAACACGUUGCCGGGACGCACAAAAAGUUGGAUGCUGUUGCUGUAUUUUAACCAUUCCGGGAUCCAAAAACCAGACGCCGUCAAGCUGUUACGUGUUUACUAACGUUUUCUGGUUAAGUUUUCUCGCCAGACACCAGAAGCGAGUGGUGAGGUUAAUAUUCACGCGCUUUGGUUGAUUCCAGCCAGCAGCUACAACAAUAAACAACAUGAAGCAGCAUCCAGUCACGUGCCGCCUCAACUCGGCGUCGUCGUUGUUGUUGUUUUCGUUCCGUUUUUUCUAUCAUUGAGAAGAAAAACUGCAACGGCUGCAGCAUCCGCAAGAAAGAUUUUGUUUUGAAUCCGAGCAAAGGUGUGAAAGGAUGCUGAAAUAAAUUAAAACGCACCGCGAGUGCAAUAAAAUACACAAACGUGUGACGGCCGCCUUCCUCAUCCUGUGUCAUCCUCAUCCGUUCUAAUUUAUUUUUUCUACCCAGUGGAAAGUGUUUGAAAACGCAUUAAAUUCAUACCAGCAGUAGUGUCGACAGAGUGAUUGAAACUGCAGCCAGUGAUUUGCAUUUCCGCAGGAUCGGAGUGGGUCGAACAAACAACAACGGUUCUAAUGAAAUUACUCUCGAUCGAAUCGGCACGGUGCAGGUUUAUUUGUUUUCCCUUCGCUUCAGCCGACAAAGAUUUCAAAUGAAGCAUUGCUGUAGAUCUCUUCUGGAAGGAUUGGUGUUAUGUUCCAUGGUUAACUGAAACAGAACACUCGGUGGUACGCUCAAAUCUUCAAGCAAACGCUUUCUCAGAAAAAAGGAAAGUUUUAGAAAUAAAAAUCUCCUUCGUAUGAUGGCGUAGAUAUCAGUGUGUUUACUUCUGUGUAAGUUGUGUAAAUUUGAUGUUAUCGAUAGCAACCUUCUCUGGUAGGCCUCCCAGUGUAUUCGGGUCGGGCUGAAGCAGUUUAAAGAUCUCUUCUUCCGGUGUGGUACCACGACAAAAACCAAAUCAACAUCCGAUUCCAUCCGGAGGACAGCAUCAAUUCCGGCAAAUUGGAUACAAGAGCUUCGGUAAAGUGCUUUCUGCGUUAUUGGCAUUAUUGUGAGAAAAAGGGGGGAUUUCGAGUGUGGUGAAUGUGUGUGCGAAUAGAGGAAAAUUGUGGAGCUUCCCCAUCCAAAAGGGGUCGAAUUCUAGAAGUCGUUUACAGAUACCAGGUUUGGGUGAAAUUGCGCUGAAAUCCGCACUCUACCAGGACAAAUAAGUGAAUGUAACAAAACCCGAUCCUUUAGAAGCUGCGGUGGAAAUUCUCCGUUAAUUUACAGCAGAACGAGAGAACCUUUUUCCCAGAAGUGCGACCAUUUGAAUAACACCAAAGGGUCGGACCCAAACCAAAUCGCUGUGCUGAACUUCUGGACAAGUCACUUCAUCUACAUACUUAUCUACAUAUAUUUGGCCUGGUGAGAACGCCUGGCCGGGCCAACGGAUUCUGAAUCAGGGCACACCGCUAUUUGGACCGACUUACCGGCGGAAGCAGUGAGGUGAAAGCUAAGGAAAAAAAAUGGCCAUCCUUCAUUCCUGCUGUCUGUGGCGGACGGUUCGAAAAGGCAGCUUCGCCAGCGUUAUCUACACAUUCUUCUACUAUGGCAUUUCCUGCAUAUUCCUGUCAGUGUUCGCCCACGACGAGCGGAAGUUCCUGAAGGGCGAGGUGGACAAACCGAGCGGGGAAAGUUUCCUGGAAAAGGAAAGCAUAUCAACAGUCACUGUGAUAUUCAACAUGUUGCUGCUGGUGUUUGCGUUUCUCGGAGUUAUUUCUUCGUUACUCGCGGUUCUAGGACUACGGCAGGACAAACGGGCAUUUCUGGUGCCAUGGAUCAUCGUAAUGGUAGCGGAUCUGUUGGUGGAGUGCGCCCACUUUAUCUAUCUGAUUGUGAUACAAACGCUGAAUUUUGAACCAGUCACGGCGAUGCUGUUCACGAUCGAUUUUUUCAUCCUGUGUCUUAACAUUUACUGUCUGCUGUGUGUGAUAUCCCAGUAUCAGGAGUACAAAGCCGGACGAGGUGGAGCCGAGAACGAUUCCUACACCAGUUCCGUCAAUUUCCAGUACAGCCCACCGGCGGCCACGUGUCUUCCCCAGGGCAAAUCCAUCCUCAGUCCGGUUAUGUGUCCUCACACCAACUGUACGCUGAUCCCGGAAGAGACCCAGAUCAAUGGGACGAUUGUCGGAAACACCCACCAUCAAGUGAAGUCGUCGACGACCUUCGGACGACAAAAUUCGCUGCUGCUGAAAAAGCACGUUAAAUUCAACCAGCACGGCGAUAAGACGAAAGUUUGCUGCGGAGGCGUUGUGAUACAUCCGGAAAACAUCCUGACCAAAGAUGGAGUCGUAACGGCGGCCAAAGUAAACGGAUGCGUUGUGCCGGUCGAAGCUGUGCUGCCCGAAUACAGCGAAGAAAUCCGGUCCUGGAAAGAACAGCAACAGCAGCUCCAGCAUCAUCAGAAAAUGGCGAAACAUUUUAAUCCCCCGGAAAAGUAGGAAAAAUGGUGUUCCCUCGAAACUACGCGAAGCGACGACGUGGGAGAUGGAGUAAAAAAUUAACCAACGCCUUAAUGAGGCUUAAUGCGAUCAUUUUUUCGGACUGGUGGUCGAGGGGUUUGGGAAAAGGGUAUAAAUUAUUCUGAACCUUCGGGUUGCAGCCGAGAGAGUUUGCAAAUUGAAAAUUUGGACAGGGUUAUUUUUCAAAAUUUUAGGAAUUUGCGGUAGCGUGAUUAACUAAGAAAAGGGAUAAUUUCAUUUCAUUCUUAAAACAUAAACCUCGAUUGAAACAAUAGAACAUGUUUUCCGAAAAGGAAUGACCAAUGAAAAUUUAAAAAAAAAAAAACAUCUGAGUAGACAACAAAUUGAUGUUUAGAAAGAUACCUUAAACAGAAUUUCGCAAAAUGUAUGAAAAAGAACUGAUUUAAAAUGCUAUCCCGAAAUAGGUUUGUGUCUAGCAAAGAAAAAAAGGAGCGUAAGUUUAACAAACGGCGUCAUUUUAAGAGCUAUCAUUUUUUAUUACGCUUUGGUGUUAUACAAAACUUAUUUAUUGUCAUGGAAAAUGGGAAACAAAAUACGAAAGUUGAUGACACUACUCUGAAUAUGAAAAAUGAAGCGAAAUUCUAUCCUACUAUCCGUGCUAUCACAUACCUACAUUUACACUCUAUAAAAUUUUAUCUCUCUCCUACUACUUGUUUCUUCCUCUUUUUCUGUCUCACUCUACCACUUGACUGUCUGAAAGCUUUUUCCCCCACCGGGCGGGACUCGAGGAGCAAUUUGGGAAUCUUAAUGCAGCUUUCGUUACUUCGAACAAAAUUUUUAAAGUAUCGCUUUUAAUUAAAAUCAACGCGCUUUUCCUGCCAAAAACUCGUCGUUACGUUAAGGCAAAGACAACCACACCCUCAUUGUCAAGGACCUAGUCAGCAAAAAAGUUCAGCAAAAAAGCGAUAAAUUCCAUACAUCCAAGCCUGAAAUUUUAAGAAGGAAUUCAAUCUUACCGUGUGGGUGGUUUGGGGGUUGUGAGGAUUGUCGAGAAUUGGAUUUUACAUAACGAUACCAAACACAGAUAUAUCGGAUACGGGUGCGCCGGGAGUAAAUUUCUUAAAAUUUAAUUCAAUUAUGGCUACGCUUUAAAAGCUUUCCGAAAUCAAUGUGCCUUUUUUCGUUUCCCAAGGGUCACGUGGAGGCUGUUUCUUAAUUUAAGAACUAAUGAUAAGAACUAAUGAUCACAACUUAUCGAAAUUAAGAAGUCGUAUGAGUGUUAUUAAAACUAGCAAUUCGUCAAGUUUGAAAUAAACUUAAUAUUGGAAAAUUACAAAAUUUCCGCAUGCAUUAAAAAAAAUGUACAAAAUUUGACGAAUUUUCCUGGGUUUACCUUUUAACGCACUGACAAAGUUUCUCAUGCAGCAUCUAUCAUAGUGACUUAAAAGUCUACAGACAAAAUUUGGCACCUCUUGGAGUUGCAGGCAAAGUGAGUUGCAGGCCGGACAAAAUGAUCAAUUGAGCCGUGAAAGAUGAGAAAAAAUUGAAAAAUAUAACGAAGAAAAAUCUUCAAAUGAGGCUAUCACAUAAGUUUUUUGUACGUCAUAGGGAAAAUUUAGGUUUACUGAACAAUUUGCAAUAAGAUUUGCAAAAAUUGAAGGUGAAUUGAGAAAGAAAACGAAGAAAGACCGCAAAACAUGUCUUUACGAUUAGUUCUGUUUGCCAUUUUCAAUAAAAUGCUGCCAGGUCUCUCAGUGUCAAAAAUAUUUCCGCAAAUAAGUUCAUAUUACAUACUAAAUUUCAUGACAAAUUUUAAGAACUUAAUUAUCUGUCUUGGUUUAUAUUUAUUCGCCAUUUCAAAAAAGUCCAACAUAUGCAUUGUUAGGAUUAUUUAUUCCUAAAAAAAUAGCUCUAUUAGAUCCAAAAACACAUAGACCAAGGCAUGGCCGUAGGAAUUGGAUGGGGGGGGGGGGUUUGGGGGUUAAAAGCCCCCUCCAU